AUGUUGUCUCGUUUUGGGAUGAGUACAGCAAAGGCUCUCAAUACUCCUGCAGCUGUUACUGAUCAUUUGUCUGCAUUCGCACCCCAGUCUGAAGCUGAGAAGUUAUACAUGUCUAAUGUACCGUAUGCUAGUGCGGUGGGUAGUUUAAUAUAUGUCAUGGUAUGCACUAGACCUGAUAUUGCGUAUUCAGUUAGUGUUGUUAGCAGGUUUAUGUCUCGACCUGGUAAAGAACACUGGCAAGCGGUAAAGAGAAUAUUUCGCUAUCUGAGAAGCACAUCCGAUGUUGGUCUCAUUUAUGGGAGUAAUAACCAGUGUCUCGUAACUGGUUAUUCUGACUCAGAUUAUGCUGCAGAUAUCGAUGGUAGAAGAUCAAUGACUGGUUAUGUUUACACCCUUGGUGACUCUGUGGUUAGUUGGAAGGCAACAUUACAGUCGACAGUGACGUUGUCCACUACUGAGGCUGAGUAUAUGGCGCUAACUGAAGUAGCCAAGGAAGGUAUAUGGUUGAAAAGAUUAAUCAGUGACCUUGGUAUCCAUCAUGAUCAGAGAAUCAAAGUGAAGAAGAUCAGCACACAUCAUAAUUCUGCUGACAUGUUCACGAAGCCGGUUCCACUUAACAAAUUCACCCAUUGUUUGGACCUGCUAAAUGUUGACAGUUGGAAGUAG